AUGGCCAGGUAUCUCACGCCUGCCAAGAUUGGCAUACUAUCCCUGAUUGAGCUCUACACAGAUGAGCAUGUCCCUAAUGCUGCCAUCAUCCCCGUUCUCUCCUUCAUCACUUCUCAUGUCCUCGACUACGACCCGGUAUCUUUUCACUCCAGUAAUGCGGCCAGCUGGGACAAGGCGAAAAAGGCCGUCAGCAUCGUUGUAUCGAUUCAAGACUUCGAAAGCCUUCUCAACCCAUACCCCGUACUAGUAGGCUUGCCGGGCAGAAAGCUGUGGGAUAGCUUCCUCGACAGACUGUGGGAUAUUAACUCCCUCCAUGAGCUGCACUCGUUCUUUGAAAGACAGUCGCAGGCAAUGGUCAAGUCGAAAGAGCAACUGCGACGACAGGGCGACGAAGAACCCGACCAGGCAGGGAUACGCCUGACGCGCAAUUCACCAUUUGGGACCUUCGUCAGACGCUGUCAGCUUGAGUUCUCGCGAUUACGGUUCCACGAUAGCACCGAGCUCUGGAAGGAAUUCGUCAAGUACCGACAGCCGACUGUAUCCUACAGGAGAAGACGGAACCCUUCCUUUGGCCGCAUGAGCUUCGACCACGUCCUUGAGGUUGGUGAGCACGAUGACUGGGACCCGGAAGGCGUCGAGGCUCUUGCCUCAGUUGCCUACGGCAGCCUGCUGACGAGCGCCGAGCCAUCGUCUCUUUCCGUGAGCACGGACGAUGUCGAACUUUUACUCGAGUUCCAGAUCGAGCAGAUGCAGAAACAUGGCAACCGCGUUCCUGUCGAGGUUCAACACAAGUUCCGAGACCUCGUAAAAGACAGCGUUGUGGUGCCCAGCACAGCGCACUAUCUCAGCUUUCUCGAUGCGUGGCGGUCAGGUGACUAUCCCACAUCAUUCGAUUACCUGCACCGAUAUUUCGACUACACGAUGCAAAACCGAGAUCGACUUUACUACCAGUAUGCUCUCAUGAACCUGGCCGUACUGCAAGCCGACUUUGGCUGCCACAAAGAUGCAAUUACGACCAUGCUUGAAACAGUGUCGACUGCGCGGGAGAAUCGCGACAUGACAUGCCUCAACUUCUCUCUCAACUGGCUUUUCCACUACGGACAAGCGCAUCCAAACUUGAUCCGCGAUCUAGAGACAGACAGUGUCCUCGGUGCUGGUAAGGAAAGCUUGGCAUAUCUUCGCGUCAAAGCCAAGGAGACCAACAUGGGCACUCUUUGGAGUUCUGUACUCAUCAGCGAGGCAAAGCUGGGCCUCAUGAACGGCGAAAGCGUCGCCACAUCCCUCGAGCUGUUAGUGCGCAGCUCCCACUUGAUCGUCGAGAAGAACAUGAAGAACAUGUUCGGAGCGCAGCUCUCGAUGAAAAUGGCACUACUGGACCGGAUCGGUCUCGCGCAUCUAUCCAACAUGGAGAGUGAGAUGUUUCUGCGCUGUCAUGCGCGCCAGUCGGUCUUUGACGAUGAAUUGAAAGUUACUUGUCGGCUAGCUGUGCAGCUGGCAGAGAGGGGCAAGUACGACGACGCCUUGAAGAAGCUCGAGGCCCUCGACGAGAAUGCGCUGCGCUCCUGGAAACCAAGCCAGUACUGGUUCAAGUACCGAGGCAUCAUCAAGCUCACCCGCGAUCUGCGCCACAACAACCUGGACGGUGCUGAGCAGAUACUCUCCCAGCUCUUGCAGUCCAAAAUGGACGACAUGGAACCAGACAUAGCCUUCAUGAUUGACUACUUGCAUAUUGACUGCCUCAAGCGACGAGGCGAUCUAAGCAGUGCCUUCGAGAAGGUGGAGGACAUGCUUGAGGAGCUACAAGAAGAGAACCGAGACUUGUCACUCCGCAUUCAGCUGAUGCUCGUCAAGGCUCAUUUGUACGAUAAGGCUGGACGACCGCAGCGAGGCUUCACCCUAGCCAUGAGGGCUGCCAGCAUGGCGUGGCGUGCACGGUUGGUGCCAAACUUGUGGCAUGCCAUCGGUGCCAUUGCCAACAUACUCACCUCAUUAGGUGAAUUCCAAGCGGCCAUUGACCUACUGACGGCCAUCUUACCGCGAAGCCUGGAAUGCGAUUCUGCGAGGUUGAGCGGGACUUUGUACUCCCAUCUCGCCGAUGCAAAUAUGGGCCUCGCUGGUGGUGCGCCAAAUGGCUCUGCUAGGCGGACAGAGUGCAUGACCAGAGCGCUGCGUGCCGUGGAAAAGGCCUUCGAUUGCUACUCGAGCGUCGAGGAGAUUGUCAAGCAGUGCGAGAUGAUGGCCAAGAAGGCAACGAUUAUGCGCGUGGCGGGAGACAAGGCCCUUGCCGCAGAUUGUGCAGCAACAUAUGUAGCCCUGCGUAAACAUGCCGCCGUGCUGGCAAUGUAA